AUGGCCCUCGCCCUCCUCCGCCGCGCCUCCACGCCCCGAUCGCCCCUGGCGCACCUCAGGCGACCCCGCGGUGCCCUGCCCGCGUGUCCACUUUCCACCGGGACGCAAACCAGCCCCGGUGCCGGCGCGAGGCCGCCGCCUCCUCCUUCACCACACGCCCGCUUUUACUCCGAGUACGCGGCGGGCAUGGUCCCCGUCGCCCUGCUCGGUUCCGUCGUCUACAUCGGCCUACGAACGUGGCAGCAGCACCUCGCCCACGAGCGGUUCCUCGUCGAGGCGGAGGCGCACGUCCGGGAGCUCGAGGCGGAAGUGGUGGCCCUCCGGCAUGAGCGGGACGUGGUGGAGGCACGGGCGGCGUCGGGAGGCCGGGGUGUGAUGGAGGGCGACAGGCAGGCGGGCAGGCGGUGGUGGCAUUGGUAG